GCGCAUAUAAUUAAUCGCGACACUAAGUGUCAGUUGACUGUAAACAAAUAAAAGUUCGCCACAUCAAAUUACUGUAUAGAAUAUGCUUUACAAUAAAUAACGAAAGAUGAUUAUAGAAAUGUCUCGCACCCUUAAAUAAUAAUAAAAAAAAAAACUAUACUCUUGUAUAGACCUGUUGACUCUCGAGUUGACGUUAUUUAAUUCCAAUUUAAUAAGCAUAUCGACUAUUUUCUUUCUCACUGUUACUAUUGUUAGGCCUUGUCUGUUGUCCAUCAUUAACUGCACUGAUGCAUGUAGGCCUAGCCGAUAAAAGAUCUCUCACAGACGAUCUCAUUUAUAGAAGAGCAAUCAAACCAAAGAGAGGUAUGCGACAGACAGGCGUGUGUGAGUGUGUUUCUAUCCAUUAAAGUCAUGUUACAGCGCGCACAGAUCAGAAUGAGAGAGCGUUUACUUUGGGUACAACACAAGCGAGCUAUUUAACAUGAAUGCUCUCAUGUAAUGAUGAUUAAUGAAGCAGAAUGAACAAGGGUGAAAUUGUAAGACUGAAUGGCACUAUUAAAGUUACUGAAAAUUAGCACUGCAGUUGAAUGAAAAGUAAAUGCUAAUGCUAAUUUUAAGCAUCUUACAACAAACACUUGUCUAAAAUCUAAAUCACCCAUUUUCAGGUGUACACAUUCCUGAUUCUCUCAGCGCAGAGCUCUCAAUCUAACCAGGCCUAAAUUAUUCAUUUCCAGCAACAUGACGGUCUAGGGUCCCAAUACACACCUCAAUAAACACUGUGAGUGGGGGGCCCACGGGAGCAAUACAGAGCAGAUCCAGAGAGGAACCCUUCAGUCGACAUAAACACAGCUGAGAAAGCUGUUCCGUCUAUUCUCUAGAAGACUGCAUAAAGGAAGAAGUCCUUCCUCUUCUCUGCGCUCUACGCUGCCUGCAUACUUGGUGGGCGGCAUUUAAUGAAACAAAGGGAGAAGUUUGAAUUGAGGAAACCUUUAGUACUAUGGUCUUUAACACUUGCAGCCUUCAGCAGAUUAAUGGUGUUCAUUAUAGCCAGAAAAACAAGCCACUUCCUCGUUCCAAGUUACUACAUAAAGACCUGCAUAUAUGUAUAUUUGGUGCCAUCAGAACUGGAGGCUACAUGAUGAACAUCUUGAUGACCAAAGGCCUAAAGCAGUCAGUGUGCGAUCAGAGUUUCUACAACGGACCAGUCAGCAAGUUCUGGGCCUAUGCUUUUGUCCUUAGCAAGGCACCUGAACUAGGAGACACACUAUUCAUCGUGUUACGUAAACAAAAGCUGAUUUUCCUGCACUGGUAUCAUCACAUCACAGUUUUGCUCUAUUCCUGGUACUCCUACAAGGACAUGGUGGCUGGCGGGGGCUGGUUCAUGACCAUGAACUAUCUGGUGCACGCCGUCAUGUAUUCUUACUACGCUCUUCGGGCCGCCGGCUUCAAAAUCUCUCGCAAGUUCGCCAUGUUCAUCACCUUGACGCAGAUCACCCAGAUGGUGAUGGGCUGCAUGGUUAACUACCUGGUGUAUUCGUGGAUGCAGCAAGGCCAAGAGUGCCCGUCUCACGUGCAGAACAUUGUUUGGUCUUCCCUCAUGUACCUCAGCUACUUUGUGCUCUUCUGCCAGUUCUUCUUCGAAGCCUACAUCACCAAAACCAAAUCCAAUGCAGCCAAGAAAAGCCAAUAAGUCAAGAAAAUGAUUUUUAAAAAUGAAAUGAGGAGAGGCGGGGAAAAACUAAGUGGACCAAUGACUGGUAGUGGACGGAUGAGUCUUUAAAGUUAGGGCUUAUGAACUUGCAGAAGAAAGAAGCAAAGACCAUGAGGGACUACUAUCAAAGCUUGUGCAUACUGUACGAUUAACGUAUAAAGAUAAAUCCCCCCGACACUAGGGAAGAUCUUUUGAGCUGAACUGAGAAAUCAUUAUGAUUAUAUCAGUAAAAAAAAAAUAGUGUCUUUAUGUCAUGUUUGUGUGCCCAAUACAAUUCACUGUAUUUUAAAGAAAAAAAAAAAAUAUGUAUAGAUAAAAAAAAGGGAUACAAAAUAAAUUAAAACAUAAUUAAGGAGAAUUUUGAGAAAAAGGGAAAUUAUAUGAACAGAAUUAAUAUUUGUGUGGUUAUGUCGAAACAUUAAAUGUUACUGUUGUAUUUUUAUUUUGAUUGAUUAGAUAGCUUGUGUACGGCAGUUUUGUACGAAAGCCAUGUUAAUGGAAGACUGGUAAAUGUUGAGCUAAAAAUGCCACAGUGUUUUCUUUGUUCUGUGUCGCAGCACCAAAAUUCUCUCAGGUCUUAGAGUUUUCCAUUGGAUGUUCAUAUCAUUUUAGAAAAAAAAA